AUGGCCGACCGCUUCCCAUCUCUAGACGACUUCGAUGCUGGCCAAACAGAACCCCAAUCCCACCCCACCACCUCCGACGAUGAACCCUCCAACUUCCUGGCCCGCGAACGCGCAGCCCUGGGAGAAGACGCCCAUCAAUUCUCCACCCCAAGCGACAACACCGCCACAGUAGCCGACGCAGACGAUGAUGACGACAACGAUCUCCUAGGCGGCGGAAUGGACAGCGCACCCUCAGCACCGAACGGCGGCUCAGCAAUCGAGAACGACAUGAUGGGCGACUUCGAAUCCUCCUUUCCCGCAGUAGACACACAAAACGAGGGCGUUGCACCCGGCGGCACUGUCACAGGCUCCACACUCCCCUACCGUGCAGGCGAAAACAACGGACAGUUCUCCUCAUCCUCAGGCCACGACGACGAAGAACCACAAGUCAUUCGCGACUGGCGCUCCCGCCGCGACCUCGCCAUCCAACGCCGCGACGAAAUCUCCUCCUCCAAAAAAGCCGAAACGGUCAAAGCCGCCCAAGAAGCCAUCGAUGAAUUCUACGAGAACUACAACAAUCGUAAGGAUAAAACUGUCGCUGCUACGCGGAAGGAGGCCGAGGAGUUCUUGAAGAGUAGGGAGGAUACUACGUCCGGAGGCACGAGUUGGGAGAGGAUUGCCAAGUUGGUGGAUUUGAGUGGGAAGGGGAGUGGGGGUGGAGCGGCGGGGACGGGGAAGGCGAGGAUGAGGGAGCUGUUGGUUAGUUUGAGGAAGGAUGAGAAGGCGCCGGGGGCUACGGGGUAUUAG